AUGCAUCUCCCGUCCAAAACACCGUGGAAGUCUGUCGGGGAGUAUCUAGGCUUUUCAUUUGCCAAGUCCAACCCACGAAAACUGGUCAAGCGAUCAAAGAAAUCAUUAGGACAACUCCCCAUUGAGAUACUUAUCCAUCUGUCUGCCUAUAUCGAAUCGUGCGUGAGGAAUGGUACGCUCUCUGUGGCACAAUACCAGGGCCAAGCAAUGACAAUGAUGUCCACGCUUAAUGAAAUUCUGACUGGAACAGAGCGUGUGCUAGACACUCCUCUACCCGCCGCGUAUAGUAUUUCCAUCUCCCAGAUCUCCUGGAUCUAUGUUAUGCUUCUUCCCUUUCAGCUUUAUAAAUUCUUGCACUGGACCACCAUCCCUGCUUCCAUGGUCGCAGCAUACAUAAUUAUCGGACUACUCACCAUCGGCAGCGAGAUCGAGAAUCCAUUUGGAGAGGAUGUCAAUGACCUCCCACUUACCACAUACUGUCGCCAGAUUACCAAAGAGCUUGACAUGAUCACGGCCACGCCUCUUCCAAAUGUGGAGGACUUCAUGAGCCGUCCUGAAAAUCUUGUCUUAUUUCCACUGAGCCAAGAGGGAUACCCCUCCUGGAAGGUGCUUAGCAAAGCCGACAUUCGUACUGCGCUUCAGGCUAUGGCUCUUGUGAGUCCUAACCGAGAACCCACCUUGGAUGGAACGAGUAUCUCAUCCAGUCGAAGGGCGACUUAUGCCAGGGACACCGUCGAGCCUGUUUGA